AUGUUGCGGAGUAAUAAGUAAUCAGUGAACCCGACUCUACAGUGGUGGUGUUCAGUACAUCUAUGAGUUGCUCUCCUUACGAAUGAUAGCUCCAUUAUUGUCGCUGAACACCGAAGAGACUGCAGUGCAAGGCACGUAGCAUAGCACAAUCUCUUCAACGUGAUCUACAACAUUCCCAAGUUACCUGAAGCAUUUCCAUACCAUUGGCCAUGUCCUCCCUCAACAACGCCUAUGUGCUAGGUGUCGGGGUGACCAAGUUCAUCAAGCCCCGCCAACUGAGAACAUAUCCUGAGUUGGGCUUCGAAGCCGGCACCAAAGCCCUGCUCGACGCACACAUCACAUACGACGAUGUCCAGACAGGCAUUGCAUGCUACUGUUAUGGUGACACCACGUCCGGACAAAGGAUCUUCUAUCAAUUCGGCAUGACCAAUAUCCCCAUUUACAACACCAACAAUGCAUGCGCCACUGGCAGUACCGGGCUACAACUGGCACGCACGCUUGUGAGAUCCGGUAUUGUCGACGUCGUCAUGGUCGUUGGCUUCGAGACCAUGAAGCCAGGCAGCAUCAAGAGCAUCUGGGAUGACCGUCCGAGUCCAAUGGGCCUGGGAACGGCAUUGAUGGAGGAAACCCGAGGCAAGCAUGGUAGCCCUCGAAAUGCACAGUUCUUUGCCAAUGCCGGCAGGGAAUACAUGGAAAAAUACGGCGCCGAAGCCCGCGACUUCGCCGAAAUCGCACGCGUCUCACACGAACACUCAUCCCGCAACCCCUACGCCCAGUUCCAAAACGUCUACUCCCUCGAAGAAGUCGAGAAAUCACCCAUGAUACACUUCCCACUCACCAAACUCCAAUGCUCCCCGACCUCUGACGGCGCUGGGUCCGCGAUCAUCGUCUCACAGAAAUUCCUCGACUCCCGCCCCGAACUCAAAUCCCACGCCAUCCUCAUGGCAGGCCAGUCCCUGAUGACCGACUCUCCGGCGCUCUUCAGCCGCAGCGCCAUGGACUUAGUGGGUUACGACAUGACCAAACGCGCAGCCAAAGCCGCUCUCGACGAGGCCGGCGUGUCGCCCCGCGACAUCAAAGUGUGCGAACUCCACGACUGUUUCUCGGCCAACGAACUCAUUUUGCUCGAGGGUCUCGGUUUCUGCGACGUGGGCAAAGCUCACGAGAUGGUGCGCAACGGCGACAUCACGUACGGCGGUAAAGGGCCUGUGAUCAACCCUUCGGGCGGGUUGAUCAGUAAGGGCCACCCGCUCGGCGCGACGGGCCUGGCCCAGUGCGCGGAACUCACGUGGCAGUUGAGAGGGUGGGCCAACAACGGCCGUCUCGUCAAGGACAUUGACGUCGCGCUGCAGCAUAAUUUGGGUCUAGGCGGUGCCGUGGUGGUGACUGUGUAUAAGCGUGCCGACGGCAAAAGGAACACGGAUGUGAGCCUGAGCGAUUCAGAGAUAGCCAAAUUGUCUGGGCUGGGGUAUAAUCCUGCUAUCGAGGCGAAGGGUGUGACUCGCGAAUUGGCAGACAGCGUCAGGAGUAAGGACCGUAGAAGUGACUAUGCCCUGGGCGAGACGGCGGACAAGUUGCAGGCUAGAUUGUAGUUCGUAUAAAGUGAUACUGGAUGCAGGGCCUAAAGGACUGGAAUUUUCCUUGUGACUUUUACG